GAUGGUGGCACGGAAAUGAGAGUAAAGUCUCGGCCAUGGUACACCCCCGCUCUUCCUACAAACGUGACCAAACCAUCCCGUAUGCCCAUCGCUAGCUCGAGGAUGAGGAGAUGGUCUGAAGCGAUGUAGAUAGCAUUAUCACAUGACCAUAACCGUGCGUUACGUGAUGUCUGUUCUGCGUUAAAAGCACUUCAGCAUCCAGUAGGUUAAUCCGCCUUACGUCGCAAAUAAUUAUCCACUGGGAUAAUCAACCCAUCAUCAUUAUGUCGUCCCGACUUUACGGUGUGGAUAUAGAAGACAUAGAAGAGCUAGAGAUUCGGGUUGUCGGAUCUAACACCACCAUAAAUAAGCAGCAACUCACCGAUAUCCUCACAUCGGACAAGUUACCCUCACACGGGUUCACCUGCGACCACACCCGGAAAAGAUACGCUGUCCUGAAGGAGGUACCAUUUAUACAGGUGGCCGAGGUGGAGGAUGAGAUAAAGGACCUGUUUCCAGGGACCUUUGCAAGGAGCUGCCUGAAGACCCUUAGGAAGGAGGGGCUACGUAACGACCUGGGUACUAAGAGCUGUACGGUGGGAUUCGAGAUGACGGCUGUUGAUUGGACUAAAGAUAAACUGUAUAGCGUGACCGCUGUAUUGAGAGUUGUAAUGUGAAAGCGACUGUCGCCAUGGAGACUUUUGUAGUACUAAAUUAAAUGUCAUAACAUGAAGGAAAUAGUUUUCACAAUAAUAAAAAAGACAGUUUAUUUAUAGCAAUAAAAAGGAGGUUAUCGAUGA